GCUUCCACUCAACCAUCAUCACACCGCAGAGCGUUGACGGUCACAGACGGCGAGUAUCUUCGUCCAAUAUUUACGCUACGCGCAGAAAGCACCAUUAUCAUGGACAUUGUUGACUUGACACAUACUCUUGACGAGAACAUCCAGAUAUACCCCGGAGAUCCUCAAUUUAGCUGCUGCCCUGCACUUACUGUUGAAAAUGAUGGGUGGAACGUGCAAUCCAUAUCUUUAGGCUCUCACACAGGGACACAUAUCGAUGCGCCAUACCAUAUCCUCAAGGAUGGCCAGACUAUCGAGACUAUUCCCAUCUCCCGCUUCAUAGGUCCUUGCAUCGUCAUUGAUGUGACAGGCAAGCAGCCGAGAGAGCGCAUUCAUUGGGAGGCAUUGGCCUCUUACGAGUUCAAGAUGCGUCGAGGCGCACCCCACGGUGCUGUCGUGCUGCUGCGGACUGAUUGGUCGAAGUAUUGGGGAAAUCCUCGCUAUUUCGACCACCCUUUCCUCGAUCGCGAAGCCGCGCAGAAAAUACUAGACACCGGUAUCAAUGUCAUAGGCAUUGACACUCUCAGUCCGGAUGAAACACAUGUCGAUGAUAAGCACGAUUGUAAUAUCGAUGUGGGCGUUCAUCAAACCGUUUUAGGUGCCGGCGGUCUGAUUGCAGAAAACCUCACCAACCUGGACAUCAUCCAGGAAGGUAGUUGGACCAUUAACCUUGUCCCGCUGAAACUGCACCAUUGCGAUGGUUCGCCGAUACGUGCAUUCGCCUCGAGAAAUGUUACGUAGGUCUAAUUGAUUGAGGUAUGCUGCCUACCCGACUCCCAAGCCACUGCUCUCACGGGACUCCCAUCCAAGCUUGUUAACCUCAAAGGGAGGAGACUGACUACCAAAUCAUCCAACCGAAUUCCGCUCUCUACAACCUUCUCCAACCCGUUCAAAUUCUCUACUAUCACACCUCCAUUACCCAAUACCAGUCGAUGAACGUCAAUGCAAUCACCCUUCUCUGGAUUCACCUCGUCAGGACUCAUUGCAUCAAUCCCUAUCACCCUCACCCCAGUUUCAAGUAUCCGACGAGAUGCCUCGCCAUCAAGAUAUGGAUGGUCAGUGUACGUAGGCUGACCCCAGUUCUUCGACCAUCCGGUGCAUAUCAGCACUGCUACACCCGCCCUCAUCCUUGCCGUAUAUGGUCCCAAGUCCUCCCAUGUAAUUGCCUCGUGCGCAUUCUUCUUCCGCAUGUCCACCAGUAUUGCGGGAGCGGCAGUCAGGAGCGAUAGGUCGAGUUCGUCAACUGGUAUGCCGUCAUCAAAGAAAUGAUAUGGCGCGUCGAUGUGCGUUCCAGAAUGUGUGCCGAUUUGAAGGGUAUGAACAUUGGCUAUGUCGCCUUUCGCGAGGCUCAGCGUGCGUUGUGCAGCAUACAUUGGGUGACCGGGACAGGAGAAAACGUUGGACGAGAUGAGCGGAUGAGUUAGGUCGAUAAGUUUCCUCAAACUUAGCGGUGAUACGUCGUUGGAGGCUGUCGAAAGGUCGUGCAUUCUGGGUGGCAUUUAGAGUUGUAGAAUUCUGUCAUAGCUCUCCUUUAUAUGUUUGACCCUGCGUUCUAAUCGGAGCCUCUAGUCACCAGG